ACCUGGGACGUGCGUGAAACAGGCGCGGGUUUCGAAAAAUGGCGACUCUCUCGCCGCGCCGUCUCCCUGUCGUUGAGACCCAGUCCUGUAGUGGCUCUUGUGAUACACCUUUUUCUUCCUCCAUGGAGUGGGACACUCAGGUGGUGGAAGGGUUCUCCCCUCUCGGGUCUUCCGGGUCUGAGGUGAAGGCGUCACCUGUCGACCUGCGGCUGCCUGCGUGGUUGAAGCCAGAGAGAUGUGCGGUGUUUCAUUGCGCGAGUUGCUACGCGGUGCUCGGCGACACUGUGCACCUCGCCUGGGACCUAUCGAAGUUCCUCGGCGCCCUGGCCUUUUCCAGAGUCACAAACAACGUCGUUUUGUUAGAGCCCCUUUUGGUUGGCAUAGAAGGUUCUCUCAAAUCCAGCACAUACAACCUUUUAUUCUGUAACUCCUGUGGGACUCCUGUUGGUUUCCAUUUAUAUUCUACCCGUGCUGCUCUGGCUGCCUUGAGAGGCCAUUUCUGCCUUUCUUGUGAUAAAAUGCUGUGCUAUCUGUUAAAAACAAAGGCCAUAGUAAAUACAUCUGAGAUGGAUAUUCACAAUGUACCUUUACCAGAAAAGAUUGCAGAGCUGAAAGAGAAGAUAAUGCUGAUGCAUUCUCGUUUAAACUCACUGCUGAGGGUUCUGAAGGAAAAGACUCCUCCUCAGUCUGACCAGGAAAAUAGAACAAGCAACAAGCAAGGAAACAACACAAUCUUGGGGUUCAUAGAAUGAUCAAAGAUCCUGCAGCACGUGACUGUAUUACUUUAAAUAUAUUUUAGUAUGUUGAUUCCAUAAUGCUUAUUUCUGAAAAUGUAUUUCACUACUAAUAACUAAUUAGCAUGCAGUGUCCCUUGUGUCCACUGACGAACAGAAUGAACAGAUGGCCUGGAUAAAGAAAUGGAGUUAAUAGAGAUGGUACUUCUACGUGCCAGUUAUAUGGAUACUUAUAAAUACUUGUUUAUUUGUUUUGAGACAAGGUCUCUCUCUAUAGCUUUGGCUGUCCUGGAACUUUCUAUGUAGACCAGGGUAGCCUUAAAGUUAUACAGAUCUACAUUCCUCUGCUUCCUCUGCUAGAAUUAAAGAAGAAUGUCACCAAGACAUCAUUUUUGUUUAUGUAAAAUAGAUAUGUACAUUGGAUGGUGGCGGUGCAUGCUUUUAACCCCAACACUCUGGAGGCAGAAGUAGGCGAUCUUUCAAUUCAAGGCCAGCCUGAUCUACAGAGUGAGUUCUAGGACAGCUAGGCCUACACAGAGAAACCCUGUCUGGAACAAAACAACAAAUAUAUAUGUAAUAAGUAACAGUUAAGAAAUAGAAUGCAUUGCACAAUAAACAAUUUGUAUCUUUUUGCUGUUGUUUUUAGGUAGGGUCUCAUUUGUAAUCCCCACUUUGAAAGGUUAUGUGGACCAGGCUGGCCUUGCACAGAGAUCUACCUGCCUUUGCCUCCUAGAUUUUGAGAUUAAAGAUGUGCACCACACUCCUGUUUGGCCUGCAGAAGCUGUCAGAUCCCUCCCCUGGAACUGGAAUUAUUGGCAGUUAAGGGUAUUGGAAACUGAACCCUAGGUCUCUGAAAUAGCAGUAAGUGUACUUACCUGCUGAGCCAUCUCUCCAGCCUCACAGACCGGGACUUAAUAAAUUCAUAAUACAUUGAAUAAUUCUUGAGACAGGAUCUUUCUCUGUAGCCUCGACUGGCCUCCAAUGUAGCAAUUCUACCUCAGCUUCCUGAGUGCUUAGUGGCCUACCAUGCUCGACUGUGGAUUUUUAAAACACAUAUGUAACUUAACAUUAACAUACUUUAUCAAAGUUUAAAAACUUAUGCCAUCAUGUGUAUGUUACUAGGGCCUCAGACACAGUAUGUUAAGGCUCUUCUACUUACUACAUCUCUCAUCUAAUAACUUUUUCUUAACUUCCGGAUUUGCCGUUUUAGAUGGGACUUUCUAUAGAAAAUUAAGUUGUUGAGCUUGAGUCAGAUUAAGGUGGACAGUAGGUUUGUGUUAAGAUAUUUAUGUGUGUGUCCAGUAAAUAUUUUGUGGCAAACAUUUCCUUUAAAAAUAAAAUAUUAGUACAUGUCGAAGUCAGAGGACAACGAGCAGACGUCAGUUCUGUCCUGCACUUCGAGUCCAGAGGAUUGAACUAAGAUUGUCAGGCUGGUAGCUCAGCUCCUUUAAUUGCUCAAGUAGCUUGCUGUCUCUUCCUUUUUUAUUUCUAAAUUAGGUAUUUCUUUUUCUUUUAAAUUACAUUUAUGUGUGGCUCACACGGUAUCAGAGGCUUAGUUCCCUGAGGAGAUGGUCAAUGGGGCAGAAAGACAUUUUCUUCUGUCAAGGUAAACAGCCCUAAAGAAGCUUACUGGGUCACACACACACACACACACACACACACACACGAAAGAUAUGAAAGCAAAGGGGAGCUAUGGGAAAAGUAACUUUUUGGAAUAGGAUGGGGGAGGGGAUGUGAAUAUGAUCCAAGUAUAGUGUGUAUAUAUGUAUAUGAAAAGAACAUAAAACCCAGUGUAUAUAUAUGCUAAUAAAAACUUUAAAAGAUACAUUUCUUUCA